CCCUCAUGACAUACAGGUGAGCACCGCAGGCCUGUAAUGGCGAUUCCAACCCCCCUUCAGUUCCGGGACAAGAAACCAAUCAAAAUAAUUAGAACCCAUUAAACAAAAGAAAAAGGUGUGUGCUUUAUAGAUUAUUACAGUAGAUUUGCUUCCCUUUGACCUCUCUCUCUUUCUGCCUAAUAGUCCACCACCACCAGAAAUUAGCAGUCCAUUUCAAGGUUUUUCGUUAAGCUUCCUUUCUACAGUGGCUCUUCCCUUUUUCACUGCCAAAGCAAGCAAAGAACCUCUCUUCAGCUCUUCUGGUCCUCCUCAUCUAGGUUUAGUUAAUUUCUAUGUUUGGCAGCUACUAGAAGAUACAGUGCUUUUGGCAAUGGACUUGGACCAAUGGGGUUGUUCAAUUUAGUGUAGUACUGAACAUCUUUGCUUAUUCUGAUGGCCUCAAAACCUGGUUCUAGAGCUUCUCCAAAAAAAACAGGUGUUCAUAGAGGGGAGGUAGAUUAUCUUAUGUCAGUCAAAGCCUCCAAGACGAGCAAUGCUGAGCUGUUUACAUCCGCAGAGUUGCAUAGAUUGGUAGAAAAGGGGUCAAAGCAGGUUGCAGUGGAACCGGAGAAUAAAAAUUUAUUGACCUCUAAUAAGAACGUACCCAUUGAAUCUUUAAUUAAAAAAGUCGAAUCAAGUUCUUUGUCUUCUGUUCAGGAAGAAGUAUCAACAGAAGUAGAGUCCAGUAUUAAUGAGACUGGAGGUUCACAGGAGGUUUCCAUUGACCAAGAGAAGAAAACAUCAGAAUAUGGAAGUGUGAAAAACAGUUCAGUAUCUGCUAAAGUCAGUGAUGGGACCAGCAGUCUUGCCAAAACCAGUGGAAGUACCAAGAUUAGUGACCGAGUUGAUUUUGUUGAGAGUGGCAAGAGCAGCAUGUGUAGGGGAAGCACAAGCAGUGAUGUCAGUGAUGAAAGCACAUGUAGCAGCAUCAGCAAGCCUCACAAAGCCAAUGACUUGAGAUGGGAAGCCAUCCAAGCUGUCAGGGCAAAAGAUGGGGUUUUGGGUGUAAGCCAUUUUAGGCUGCUAAAGAGGUUAGGUUGCGGGGAUAUUGGGAGCGUCUAUUUAUCGGAGUUACGUGGGACUAAAUGUCAUUUCGCAAUGAAGGUUAUGGACAAAGCUACCCUGGCAAGUCGUAAAAAGUUACUUCGGGCUCAGACGGAAAGAGAAAUAUUGCAAUCUUUGGAUCACCCAUUCCUUCCAACCUUAUACACCCACUUUGAGACUGAUAAGUUCUCGUGUUUGGUUAUGGAAUUCUGCCCUGGAGGAGACUUACACACUCUGAGGCAGCGGCAGCCUGGGAAACAUUUUCCUGAGCAGGCAGUAAAAUUUUAUGUAGCGGAGGUGCUGCUAGCUAUGGAAUACCUCCACAUGCUUGGCAUUAUUUACCGUGAUCUUAAGCCAGAAAAUGUGCUUGUGAGAGAAGAUGGACAUAUAAUGCUCUCAGACUUUGAUCUUUCCCUACGUUGUGCUGUUAGUCCAACUCUUGUCAGAACUGCAUCUUUAGAAACUGAGCCUUCAAGAAAAAACAAUGCAUAUUGUGUCCAGCCUGCUUGCAUUGAGCCUUCCUGCAUCCAGCCGUCAUGUGUUGCUCCCACAACGUGCUUUGGUCCCCGUUUUUUCUCUAGCAAAUCCAAGAAGGACGGAAAACCCAAAAAUGAGAUUGGGAAUCAAGUUAGCCCGCUACCUGAGCUUAUAGCAGAGCCAACUGAUGCCAGGUCCAUGUCCUUUGUUGGGACUCACGAAUACUUGGCCCCAGAGAUCAUCAAGGGCGAAGGUCAUGGAAGUGCUGUUGAUUGGUGGACGUUUGGGAUAUUCCUAUACGAACUCUUGUUUGGUAAGACUCCUUUCAAAGGAUCCGGUAAUCGAGCCACAUUGUUCAAUGUUGUGGGUCAGCAUCUUCAAUUUCCAGAAUCACCAGUUGUCAGUUUUGGUGCAAGGGAUCUCAUAAAGGGCUUGCUUGUGAAAGAACCACAGCAUAGAUUGGCAUAUAAACGAGGUGCCACUGAAAUUAAGCAACACGCUUUCUUCGAAGGUGUGAAUUGGGCACUAAUUCGUUGCGCUACCCCACCCGAGAUCCCGAAGCCAGUCGAGGUUGAACGGAUAGCUGGUCCAACAGCAUCAAGUAGUGAAAAAGCUGCAGCCAUUAGGACAGCUGCAGAUCAAAAAGGUUCUGAUAAUUAUCUGGAAUUUGAUUUCUUUUAGAUAACUUGGAUUGAUUUCUAUUCGCAAAUUGUUUCUAUUUAGAGGAAGAAGAAUUGUUCUAAAGAUUACAAUAGUCGUUGGAAAUCAGGUCAAAGUUUUUGUUUUUCCUCAGUAGAUGAAGAAAUGUAUGUUGUUACUGGCUUUUAACAGUUUCUUAUCUGUGUUUGCAUAAAUACUGCCUUGCCUCAUUCUCUCA